UCAUCGAUGUAUUGACAAAUAAAUCUGGAACUCGAAAUGUUGAAGGACUCGCUCUACAUUUGCAAAGCUAUGAUGAGGCUAGUUUCAGUACAAAAGCAUUUGCUAAAAUGAAGAAACUUAGACUGCUUGACCUCAGCAGCGUAGAGCUCAAUGGAGAAUACAAACAUCUUCCCAAAGAGUUAAUAUGGCUGAGCUGGGAACGAUGCCGUUUAAAGUCCAUACCAGAUGACUUUUUUAAUCAAGAUAAACUAGUUGUUUUAGAGAUGCGGUGGAGCAAACUGGUACAAGUUUGGGAGGGUUCCAAGUCGCUACAUAACUUGAAAACCCUUGAUCUCCACGGUUCCGAUUUCUUAGAGAAAUCACCGGACUUUUCACAGGUCCCAAAUCUUGAAGAGUUGAUAUUGAGAAGUGCAUGAGGAUAUAGGGGAGAUGGUAUCACUGAGAACACUUGAAGCAGAGCAUACAGCCAUAAGAGAAGUACCACCUUCCAUAGUAGGAUUGAAGAAUCUCACUCGUUUAUCUCUGGAGGGUACUGUGAGGGGUAUUCAAUUGCCCCAUUCGUUAAGAGAAUUCAAUCUCUUAUCACGCUAUGAUGAUGCAGUCCCUAAGGAUCUUGACUGUCUAAUUUAUUUACAACAUUUGCAUCUUCAAGGUAAUAAGUUUCAUAGCUUACCAAACCUCAGUGGUCUUUCAAAGCUCGAAACAUUGUGGUUAAAUGGAAGCAAAUAUCUUCGUACAAUCCCUGAUUUACCAACAAAUUUGAAAGUUCUAUUUGCCGAUGCUUGCCCUGCAUUGGAAACAAUGCCAGACUUUUCAGAAAUGUCAAAUAUGAGAGCACUGAGUGUAAGUGAUUCACCCAAACUCACUGAGGUUCCAGGCUUGGAUAAGUCAUUAAACUCCAUGGCGUGGAUUGACAUGAAAAGGUGCACUAAACUCACAGUUGAUUUUAGGAAGAACAUUCUACAGGGAUGGACUUCUUGCGGAUUUGGAGGCAUUGUUCUCCAUGGGAAUUAUGUUCCUGAUUGGUUUGAGUUUGUCAACAAGGGUACUAAAGUCAGUUUUCAUAUUCCCCCGACCGAUGAUCGUAAUUUUGAAGGGCUAACUCUGUUCUGCUUGUUCCGCGUAUACAAAUGGAAACAUUUACCUCAUCUUGACAUUACUGUUAUAAGUAAUACCAAACUUACUAAGUUGCAGGCCUACAGAUCCAAAGGAGGUGCUGGGGCUGAGAAUUAUGAAGAUGAUUAUCUUUGGCAAGGACAACUCUCGAACAAUGAGCUCAAUUUGCAAGGCGGGGAUAAAGUUGAUAUAGUUUUUGAAGAUCCAUGGGCGAAUGGGGAUUAUUCUGUUAAAAUAAUGAGAACAGGGGUUAAUCUAGUAUGGGACAAACUUAUGAAGGAAAAUAUGCAUGAUUUUAGGGACACUAAAUAUCUUUUUGACUGAGAUCCAGAUGAGGGAGGACCAAGCCAUGACGCAUCUGAUAAACUCGUUUGUGCAGAAUGAAGGUGAAAGCAUCACAGUCAAUUCGUCAAACACCUCACCAUUUUUCGCUUUCCUAGUUUGAUAACGGAGGCUAGUCCAUAUUUCAUGUUUUUUUUUCAGAUUCCUAUGAUUUUUUCAGUUAGCUUUUUUGAAUUUUGAAUUUAUUGCAUCAAGUAACAUUUCACAUUACAACAAUCAAUAUAAGACUUUCACCCAAAUA